GGUAGAUUCUGAACUACAUCUCAAAACGGGUGAACGGUGUUUCAGAAGUCGUGCUGUAAGUCAUGCGAAAUCUCCUGGCUUCAGUGAAAUAACCGCAAGUUUAACAAGAGACAAACAUCGCCGGAGACUCUCCAUUCAACAGCCUACGGUGUGUUUUGAGUCUAAAUGGCUGGCAGAGGUACAAACGGUCGUCAUGGGUUGCGGGGCCGCGUAGGGACAAGCGCAGCUCUUGCCCGGCUUCUCCACAAGGAAUGCAUCCAACUCCUCAAGUCAUACAGAAACAGUGAAUCACUGCCGUCUUCACCAGUGGAAGGAGGUCACCUAAUAUCCAUCCCUCCGCUGGUUCCUCAGCUGUCAGAUGAAGAAAAAAUAUCCAUCCUGCACGCCGCGCUCAAGGAGUGUCUGCGACUCCUGGAAGAUGUCAUCACCCGGGAGGACGAAGAGUUUCCUGAUGAAGACAGCGAAUAUAAGAGGAUACGGACUACUGUGAGGGAUCGACUGAGGCACCUGUUGGCAAGCACAGAGCAGAUGAUAGUGGACGGCCAGAAAUUCGAAGCUGAAGUUGAAGAGGAGCUGGACGGUCAGGCGACUGGUGGGAGUUUUGGACUGAAGAUGUGGACCGUGCGGGUGUUCCAGGAGCUCGUUCACUGGACAGGGCAAACUUCAGACGCCCUCAGCUCUCUGCCAGCAGAAAAGGAUAAAGCGCCAGUGUCCCGAAGGACAAGAAGAGGUGCUGGGAAACUAAGGAAGUGAUACAAGAUAUAAGAGAAGCUAAAAAGAGUGUGAAAGGGAGGAGCGGAAGAGGACAGUAUGAUAAGAAUGAAUACAAGGAAUUUCAUUGCAGCAUGGAGAAUGUAGAGAGGGUCUGGAUGCAGUUACUAGCAUUCCAGCGUGCGGAAAAGAAGGAAGGGAGGGUUUGAACAAGAUAUUUACAAGAGAUACAAGAUACAAGAUAUCUAAACAAAGUUAUUUUAAUAUAUUUUCUCAGUCUUUUAAAGUAAGAUUUUAAACUGUAGCAAUAAAUGUAAAUGCCUUUAGAGAUUAAUUCUAACUUUUUCCACGUACUGUACUAUUUUAUUACCUUUUAAGAUUGUUGACCUUUAGAUUGUAGAUCCAUAACUGACACUGUGGACCUUUUUUAAUAUAGAAAAAGUGACUGGAGGGACAUGCCCACCAAGACGGCUAGUAUCUUUCUGUUUUUGUUUGUAUAUCAAAAAAUGAUAUGCUAUUAGGCAUGGGCCGGUAUAUGAUUCUGACAGUAUGAUAACCUUGGAUAAAAAUAUCAGUAUUGUGAUUACUGCUCUAAAAUAUGUUCUUUUUCAGGGUUUCUGCAGGUUUCACAUUCAAAUUUAAGACUUUUUAAGACAUAAACACCAUGGAGAAUGAAAUUUCAGACUUGUAUAGGGCUAGACGCUAAGGAUUUUUUAAUUAGUAAUUUCUUAGCCACAUAUUUUAAAUUAAUGUGUCAAAACAAGCAGACCUUAGUUGUGUACAUACAUUUUUUGUUCAACAUAUAAAAAAAAAACUCUUUUGAAAUUUAAAUGUUUGCACAACAGACUACAGUUAUGAUAAUAGUUAGUGAGUAAAUUAGUGAGUAGGCCCACAUGGAAUCUGCGCGCACAGAAAUCCGCAGUUUUCUGCAGAUUUUCAGCCCAUCAUUGAGUCUAUUUAUUUACAUGUGUAAAUGUGUGUAAAUUUAUAUUUAUUCAGUUUUUAAAUUAAUUUCAGUAAUAUUAUUGGCUAAUACGAAAAUGUUCAUAUGAUUUAUUUAGAAUACAGUUUGUAAAGUAAUAUUUUCUCUCUUUUAGUAGAUAUAUUAUAUGGUAGACUUGCUUUGUUGACCAAAUAAGUGGUUCUAAUUGGAUUUGCAUUGUAAACAUUAAAUAAAAGUUUAAAAAGGUAUUAUUUUUUUAUUUCAUAUAUUAAGUUUAUAGUUAUGAUAGUCCCAAAAUCAUUUGCAGAUUUUUUUACAAAAUUCUCAGCAGAAAUAGCAAAAAAUGUCCACAGAUUCUAUCUGGCCAUAGUUAUGAGUAGUUUUGCCAAAAGUUUUGAGAUGUGCUGUUGGUAAUUGGAUGUGUUUAGGAGUGAUUGCGCAGCUUUACAUAAACAAAGGAAAAUGAAGACCUGUUUAAAAUGAUUUAAGACCUACAAGACAAUAUUUCAGUAAAUUUAAGACCUUUUUCAAGUUCUAAAAUUGUGUUUUUGAAUUUUAAGACUUUUUAAGACCCAGCAAAAACCCGUUUUUAAAUGCCUGGGUAAAAAAUCUACUUUUUUUCUGCCUUGUAAACAAUGCAUUUUAAGAAACAUUUAAAAUAUUUGGGAACAGUAAACGCGUCAGGCUAAAUAAUUCAAAUCAAUCAUUAACGUCUCCUAUCUUCUUUAGUUUUGAAAACACAGAUUUCUUUACAUACAACUUGAAAAAGCAUCUUUGGAGAUCUUCCUUUUCUUUGGCUAUAAAGUAAAGCCACUGCACUGUUCAUGUCUAUAACAUGUUGGUGCAUAAGUGAUUUGUUUUUCAAAUGUUUUCUGAAUCGUUGGCUGACAAGUAAUGUGGAGAUCCUGUUGCCCUAAAAAAAUAAUAAUAUAAUAAAUAAAAAAAGUCAUCAAUAAACAUGUAAUAAAUAAAUAAAACCUCACAUCUAGCUUGAAACGGAAUAACAGAAAUUUCAGCAGUUUUAAUACCUUGACUUUUCCAAACCGUGGUAAACCUUGAAACCGGUUAUCAUCCCAUGCCUAUAUGCUAUAUAAUAAUAAUAAUAAUAAUAAUAACUAUUGCAUAGUAAAAAAGUAAAUGAAUAAAAUCAUUCUGUCAUCAUUUACUCCACAUCAUGUUCAAAAUCUACAUGAUUUUCAUUCAUUUGUUGAACACAAACCACAGAAUUUGAUUCAUUUUCUUUCUUUUUUUGUCCAUUGAAUGUUAUUGUGGUCUAGUGUCGUUUCUUUAUAUUAUUUCUUGAUAUUCAUCAAUACAUGAGACUACUUUUCAAACAAAAUGAGAGUGAGCAAAUGAUGAAAGAAUUGUGAUUUUGGGGGUGAUUCGUCACUUCUUUAAAUCUUUCUUUAAAUGGUUAAUAUCAGUAACACUUCACAAAAAGAUUUCAUUUGUUGAUAUACAGUAAGUUAACUAGCAGGUUAGAUAAAUAAAAAUAAUUUAUCAACCAUACAACAAAUACAAAUUCUGAUUAGAAUACUACAUUACUAAGUAUGAUUUAAUGGAAUCGAGCUAACAUGAAUGAACAGCAGUAUGUCUAUUACCUGACACAUGGGUGCAUAAAUACUGUUACAAGUACAUAUUUAUUUACCGCAUUAUCUGUUGACAAAUGGUCCUUAUAGUAAACUGUUCCUUAAGUUUCAAACUGAUCAUCUGUUACAAUAAUCUACUGAGCGAAACAAGCACUGCUGCUUCACAUUUAUCAUACAAAUGUUUUUCAUUCCUGUUACAUGUGCAAUAGGGAGUUAUUAAGUGUACCAUCUGUUGAUGUUUGUUAGGAUUAAUUCCCUCUUGGAACACUCACGCCCUCUGCUGGCUGCAGAAAGUUCUGCUUUUGGUUACAGGUCAACUUGUCAGGCAUGAAAAGGGUCACGUUGGCUCAGUGGUUAGCACUGUCGCCUCACAGCAAGAAGGUCGCUGGUUUGAGUCCUGGCUGGGCCAGUUGGCAUUUCUGUAUUCUCAUGAGUUUUCUCCAGGUGCUCCGGUUUCCCCCAAUACAAAGACAUGUAUUAUUUUUCAGGUGAAUUGAUUAAACUAAAUUGUCCGUAGUGUAUGUGUGUGAAUGAGUGUGUAUGGAUGUUUCCCAGUACUGGGUUGCAGCCGGAAGGGCAUCGGCUGUGUAAAACAUAUGCUGGAUGAGUUGGUGGUUCAUGCCACUGUGGUGACCCCUGAUGAAUAAAGGAACUAAGUCGAAGGAAAAUGAAUGAAUGAAUGAAAGAAAAAGAGAAACAAUUCCAGGCAAGGCUUUCUGUGUUAUAAUGAACUUAUCAUGCCUUUACACUGAUUUUAAUUUAGUUUGAUAUUUACUCAGAAGAAAGAGAAACACCAGCAUUUAUUAAUUUAUCUUAAUGUACGUCGUUCAAACUUGCACUGCAAUAAAUGGCUCUCU